UUAAAGAAGUCACGUACAAUAUAUAUAAAACUAAAACCUCUUGUAUUUUAGAAUUACGAAGUUUUAGCACAUUUUAGACCUGGUCGAAUCCGGUCCUCACACGACCGCAUUCCGAUAUCCUCGGUUGCCUAUUACGGGCAAGAUCUCCCUCUGCCGAAGAAACUGAGCCCCGAGAAUGCAAAACCACCCGCGCAACCAUCCUCCCCAACCUUAGGCUCGCGCGCCCGACACGGCGGCCUCCCCGUCCCGGGCGCCCUCACGCGAUGGCCCCGCCUCCUCACCGCCUCCUCCUCGUCGUCGUCGCCGCCGCCGCGGCGCUCCCGGCGGCCAUCGUCGCGGAGGGCAACAUGCCCGUCACCGAGGCGCUGAUGCAGCUCAAGAAGUCCUUCACCAACUCCUCGUCCCUCUCGUCGUGGCUCAUCACCGACAAGGACGGCGACAAGUCCCCCUGCGCGCCCGACUCGCACGAGUGGCACGGCGUGGUGUGCUCCGGCGGCAGGGUCACGGGCCUCCGCCUGAGCGGCCUCGAGCUUGGCGGCACCAUCGACGUCAACGCGCUGGCCAGCUUCCCGCGGCUCAGGUCUGUCUCCUUCGCCAGGAACAACUUCUCCGGCCCGCUCCCCGCCUUCCACCAGCUCAAGGCGCUCAAGUCGAUGUACCUCUCCAACAACCAGUUCUCCGGGAGCAUCCCCGAGGGCUUCUUCGGCAACCUCAGCCACCUCAAGAAGCUCUGGCUCAACGGCAACCAGCUCAACGGCUCCAUCCCGGCGUCCAUCACGCAGGCCACGUCCCUCCUCGAGCUCCACCUCGACCGCAACGCCUUCACGGGGGAGCUCCCGCCCGCGCCGCCGCCGGCGCUCAAGUCGUUAAACGUGUCGGGGAACGACCUCGAGGGCGUCGUGCCGGAGGCGUUCCGGAAGUUCGACGCCAGCAGGUUCGCCGGCAACGAGUACCUCUGCUACGUGCCGACCAACACAAAGCAGUGCAAGCGCGAGCAGACCGUGGUCAGCUCGUCUGUGCGGGUCGCCGUCGUGUUUGCCACGCUGCUCGUCUCGGCCGUCGUGAUGGUCAUCAUCCUCCGCGCGUGCAGCAGUAGCCAGCCCAGCAGCCGCGCCCGCAGCCUCGACAUGGAGGGCCUCGAGGAGAAGCCGCCCGUGUACAUGGUGAAGCAGGCAUCGACGACCUCGCAGAAGCGGAGCGCGUCGUGGCUUGGGAGGAGGAUAGGAUCAUCGGGACUCGGGCACCGGCGAUCGGCUUCGGCGAAGGUGGACGACCUAAGCAGCCGGUCCGGGGGGGAUCUAGUCAUGGUGAACAACAGCAAGGGCGCGUUCGGGCUCGCCGACCUGAUGAAGGCGGCGGCCGAGGUGAUCGGGAGCGGCGGGCUCGGGUCGGCGUACAAGGCGGUGAUGGCCAACGGCGUGGCCGUCGUGGUCAAGCGCGCCCGCGACAUGAACCGGGCGACCAAGGACGCGUUCGAGGCCGAGAUGAGGCGGCUCGGCGCCGUGCGCCACGCCAACCUGCUGCCGCCGCUCGCCUACCACUACCGCAGCGACGAGAAGCUCCUCGUCUACGAGUACAUCCCCAAGGGCAGCCUGCUCUACGUGCUCCACGGCGACCGGGGCAUGGACUACGCGGCGCUCGACUGGCCGAUGCGGCUCAAGGUGGCCGUCGGCGUCGCGCGCGGCGCGGCGUUCCUCCACGCGGAGCUGGCCGACCACGAGGUGCCCCACGGAAACCUCAAGUCGGCCAACAUCCUCCUCGCCCCGGACUUCGAGCCCCUCCUCGCCGACUUCGGCUUCUCCGGCCUCAUCAACCACGCGCCGUCCACGCAGUCGUCCAUGUUCGCGCGCUGCGCCCCCGAGUGCGUCGCCGGGCACCCGGUGAGCGCCAAGUCCGACGUCUACUGCCUCGGCGUCGUCCUCCUCGAGCUCCUCACCGGCAAGUUCCCGACGCAGUACCUCCACAACGCCAAGGGCGGCACGGACCUCGUCAUGUGGGCGACGUCGGCGAUGGCCGACGGCUUCGAGCGCGACCUGCUCGACCCGGCCAUCAUGGCGAAGUGGAAGUUCGCCCAGCAAGACAUGACGCGGCUCAUUCAGGUGGCGGUGGACUGCGUCGAGGCGGAUCCGGAGAAGCGGCCGGACAUGAAGGAGGUGGCGGCGAGGGUGGAGGAGGUGGUGGCCGCGGCGCUCGCCACGGUGAGGGAGAGGCAAGAGGAGAGAGGCGGCGAAGACCCGGCCAGCCGGAGCUCGCACGCCGAGUACGUUCGAACAGGGUCGAUACAGCGGGUCACGAGCAUCGGCGAGCGGUCGUCGCGGCGAGGCAGCGACGACUACUCGUACGGCAUCUCGUGAGACGGCAGGCAGGGCAGCUAGUUGGCCAGGAUCAGAUUUUGCUGCGGAGGAACGGCGGCUGUGCAGCGAAAAUAGAACACGCAAUGCCCAUCAACAGGGAGGGCACAAGGGAGGUAGGACAGGGAAGGCUUUGUGCAUAUUGGAGAAAUAGGGUGGUUAUUCCUGACAACAGGGGAGGAAUCCGUAGGGUUAAGCAGUUCUAAUUGUUCCUUUGAUCUUAAUUUCGUCGCAUCAGAGGCGCAUUCCAUCACCUGUAUAUGUGCGCGGUUGUAAUCUAACUCCAUGUGUAGGAUGGGUCGCAUGAAAGUUUCUUGAUUUGUUCACCUAAUGGGGGUUGAUCUUGAUUCAUUCCAUUUGCAUGAAGAGUUCGCCCUUGCAUACGUAGAAGGGAAUAGCAUUGUUACCUUGAUCAUUGUAACUUUUGUUUCCUGGACUGCUCGUGCCCUUGCAUCUGCAAAACCUCACGAGGUGACUGACUGACGAUUCCUGAUGCUCCAGCUCUGUGAAUUCAACAAGUAUGUAUGGUGUUCAUCCCCUCUGUUUCCUCAUCUUCCCACAAAUGUCUGAGAAACCACACAGAACCAUAUGAGAUUGUUAAUUUGCUUCAGAAACUGGAAACCAGCUGAGAGCAGCAUCCUUCCUGACAUUGCUGUAUCCAAGCCUCUCUCUCAACAUCUCCUUUACGCACCAUUGGCAUUGUUCAGCGGACAUGUUCGACAGCAAAACAUAAGGCCUGUCUUUCCGUGGCUCCAGCUCAAUGGCCUUCCCUGCCGACCUCUUACCCAGGCCAACUUCUCCAUGUAUUCCACAAGCACCAAGAAGUGACUCCCAUUCAAAUGAAUCGAGUUGCAGUCCCAUCUGAUAAUUAGCGUUUGCUUUUCUGGCCUCACCAUGUCGCCCUUACCCAACAACCAUAGCUGUC